AACAAGAAAUACCAUGGAACUCGAAUAACUAGGCUGCAUCCGACAUUUUAUACUGGAUUUCCUGCGAUUAUCUCUUUAAAAGGAUAGCCGUGAGAGACGAAAGAAAUUAUUACACGGAGAGGAGAAUGACCGUAACACUGAACUAAUUAUAAGAAUGCUUAACCCUGCUGCACUGUGCAAACGCGUGAUGUAAUGAAUUUGCUAUCACGCUACAUCCUUGUAUCCAUGUCUCGACAUGGAUCAUCAAUUUUUACCGAGAGAUAAAAUCGCUCGUAAAUGCGACGCAUUUGUUUAAUACUCGUCGCAUGCGACGUGGAUGUACACCGAGAGGGAAAUUUACGUGGAGUGUGUAGGUAAGAUUGUUGUAUUCUUUCUCUCGAGAAUUUCUUUGAACGAGAAAUAUACCAUCGCAAUUCUAGAGAGUAUAUUUGCAGUACAAUCGCAUAAUAUCAGUUUUGAUGAAACAGCUGCGAGCCGGCCUAGAAUUAGUCGGCAAAAUAAUGGCAUAAAGCGAUACGCGUGUCCCGUAGGAUUCUUCCGAUUGAAGAGAUAUUGUUAUUAUUUAAGCGGCGGUAUGGCACCCUGGAGAGAAGCCUAUUUUCACUGCAAAGAUAGAAAUGCCACUCUGGCUAUUCUCGAUAGAAAUGGGAAGGACCGAAUGUUAAGAAAAUAUUUGUGGAACGAUCAAUUUACAAAAUUAGAAAGAUGGAUCGGUGGAAUAUAUAAUUGGCAACAAAUGGCUUGGGAAUGGGGCAUUACUGGAGAAAAGGUACAUUUUCAAAAUUUUGGUCUACCUGAAUUUAAUCGAUCGAAACAAUACGCCUGGCACUGUAUCACGAUCGAUCCCAUGUUAAAGUAUAAGUGGAGACCACAAAGUUGCGUCGAACGAAAACAUUAUGUAUGCGAGGUACUGGCUGGACGUAUAGUCAGAAGACGUAAAAAAACGGCAAAUUCUCGUGCAUUGCAAAAUCAAAAAUCCCGAAAAAAAGGUAAAAAAUAUUUAAAUGAAUCACACAAGUCAAAUGGACGAAAUAAACAGCGAAAUGCAUGGAAAAAAAGAAAUUAUGUAGAGCAAAAUGCAGACGAUUGGGCACAUGGUGUGAAAUUGGGUUCAAGGCCACCAUCUUACAACGAAAAAAUGUAUUAUUUGAAUCCACGAAUGCGGCAUCAUUCGAAUAGAAGUGGACUGAUAAUGACACAAAUUCAAGAAAAAAAAUACAAUGCAUUUCUAGCAGAUGGAUCCAAUAACGGUCCACAAAGUCUAACGGAUAGAAAUAGAAUUUUUCCUCAAAUCUCUGGAAUCAAUUUGGCGAGUGAAGAAGUUCUAAAAGGUUCUUAAAGCCAUAAGCAAAACGUUGUAUAUUAUUAACUAAAUUGUACCCUUUAUACGACUUUAAACAUCAUUGAUCAUUGAUCAUUAUUAUUUUAAAAAAAAUCUUCCAAAUAUUGAUAUAAUAAUUAUCAUAAUCAUAUUUAUAUAAUAUUUAUCGAAUAAUAGAUUUAUCAAGUAAUGAAUCGAAUAAAAUUAAUCAAAUUAAAUUCUAGUUUUCAUUUUAACUUUGUGGAAGAUGAAAAUCGUUUAGAUUCUAUUAAAGAUUGUCGAGUACAGACUGAAAUAAUUUAUUCACAGAUUGGCGAAAUAGUCUCUCAUGUUCCUUUCUUUAAAUAAAUGUAAGAGUUUUGAAAAUGUAUGUAAGUAUUUCUGUCUAAUUAAUUAGUUAGUUAGUUAAAAUUAUUUCGAAACAUAAAAAAUAAUAGUUCGAUGUUUAUUAUCACGUAUCACAUAUAUAUACUAUGCAAUUAAUAUUGCUUCUCAUUUUAAUUGUAUCUAUUUCUUUAUUUAAUUAACAUAUAUGAAAUGCGGAUUGACAUUAUUUGAGAAUUCUAUUUUUUAAUGUUAAUUUUCGCUCAUUGUUUCGCCCAUUGGUAUUAUAUAAGGCAUUUAUAUAUAUAAGAAAAGAUAAUAAAAUGUGAAAGUAAGAAUAUAUUUAAAUACAUCUGUAUUUUUUAAAUUUUUUUGUAAAAAAAAAAAUAAAUACUUAUUCAUAAAAAAA